AUGGGCAAAGAUGAGCUGGCGCCCGUGGAUCCGGAUGCUUAUGAGGACGAUAGCUACGAUUAUUUCUAUACUUGCGCCGAUAAUAAGCAUCCCCUGAUUGGGUUGCUAAAAAAGUAUAAAUAUCACUGGAAUGGGAUACCGAUCCGGAAUCGACAGAAUGAGAAGACGGACCCGCCGAUUGUUGCGUCGAUGAUUGUUUUUGGAACCACCGGCUUCCUUCUCUGCCUCUACUGUUUCCGCGUGAUCUUCAGAAACAGUCGGCUGUCACGAGGUGUCAAAUGGUUUCUAACUAUCGAUUGUUUUUGUCGACUUCACGAGAGCUGGACGCUACUUUUCAAGGCUCAUUGUGUUGUUACGUUCUGGUGCGUCGACGUGACCAACCCUCCCUUUCACGGUCUAUUCUUCAACCAACUGAUUACGGCAUUAAAUCUGGGGAUGUUCUACUCGAUUCAGUGCCUAGGGAAUGGUUUGGCAUUGAAUAGGCUCUUCGCCGUCGUCCUGGAAGGGCGCUUCGCGGCUAAAUUCGAGCGCUACGCCCCGCAACACGCACUAAUAGCUUGGCUAUUCCCAAUCGGGGUCCACGUAUAUGAGAUGGGGAACGUCGUAAACCCCGACACUGGCUACGUUUGCUUUGGUGGCUGGACGUUCAACCCGCUGGAAUAUUCUGACUAUGCUUGGUGGUGGUGGGACAAAUCAGUCGCGUUGAUGAUGGACCAUUUUGACAAACUGAUGUAUUUUGUCUUCAUGACGACAGUAUUUUUCGAUAUCGUCACAUUAGUUAGAAUCCGAACGAUGCAUCGUCAAUCUCCCCUGAAAAGAAGCGUUGAGCAACGAUUGGCGAUAAUGCUCCUCAUCACCCAUCUCACAACAAUCAUCUUCUUGGCUAGCAACGUUGUAUCCAAUUACAUCUUCCCCGAUGAGACACCAAUUUUCUAUUAUCUUGUCGAGGAUGUGGCCUCGUUUUUCGGCCAUUCUUUUUAUACACUGAUCGUGAUCCUAUCAAAUUUGUCGAAUGAAAAACGGCGGAUCGCUGCCAGAAUAGUGGCCUCCCGAUCGACGGGAAUUUCGGAUAAGAAGACUGCUUUGAAAGUA